AUGACAGACUCAAAUAUAUCAAAAAAUGACUUAUCUGAUAUUUGCCGUAGUUUAGGCAUAUCCACCGAAGGGAAUAAAGCAGACCUUGUACAAAGGUUAAAGAAAUACCAAACAAAUGAACCCCGUAAGAAAAAUGUGGACGGAAUGAAGUUCACAAAUGAUGAAGCUGAUGACGAAUCAAGAAUUACUUCAGAAGAACAAGCGCCCAUUACACGCUGUGUCAUCAUUGGUUUUCUCCAAGAUGCAGCAGAAACAGCUAACAACCCACAGCAGACCAAUAAGACUAAAAAACAGAAAUUACAAGCCGAAGAGGAGGAUAAUUCUGAUCCAUUAAUUGAGAGAGUAUUAUUAGGGUUUCAAAAAUUGGAAAACACCAUACUAAACUUUGAUAACAAACUGACCUCAAUGGCACACCAAGUCCAAGAAACAC